GUUCCUAUCCGGUUGAAUUAUUAUAUUACACUCACUGACACCUAUGGGAUUACCGCCACACUGUUUGAAUCUUAAGCAUGGGAUUACCGCCACACUGUUUGAAUCUUAAGCAAGGAUGUUGCGUCACAUUGUUACGAAAUUUAAAUCCAAAGCAUGGCCUUUGUAACGGGACGAGACUGAUUGUGGAAUCACUUGGAAAUAAUAUUAUAGAGUGCAGCAUAUUUUCUGGACAUCGUAAAGGACAGAAAGUUCUAAUUCCGCGAAUACUAAUUGACUCAUCAAAAACGGUUUAAAUUUAGUGGAAAGCAUUUUCCUCUUCGUCUUGCUUAAUUAACAAAAUCGCAAGGACAAACGUUUGAAAGGAUUGGUGUGUACCUUCCUCAACCUGUUUUUACACACGGACAAUUGUACACAGUAUUUUCGCGCGUCAUUGUAAAACUUGGAUGGCAAACGUACUGUUUCUUUCAAGGUUAAUUCAACAUAAUGCAACGUAAUAUUUUUACUCGAUCUGAGUGGGUUUAGUUUUACUUUUAUUUCACAUCACUUUUAGGAGUAAAAAACGAAUAAAGAAACUGACAGUAAAAGUAAUUUUUAAUAAAUCUGUUUAUUGUAAAUUAGUAAACGUUGUUAAAUUUAUAGUGUUGAUUUAAAUGACGAAAUAGAACAAUUUAUGGAAUAAAGUAGCUUAACACAAAUUGAAGAAAACUAUGAAUUUGACACCGCCUGUAGCCAGUUCAUCAAAAACUCCAACAAGCGAAGAACGGAAGGCACGAAUGAGAGAAUACAGCCGUAAACGUCAAGCAAAUAAAAGUGAUGCGGAAAAAGAAGCCGAUAAGCUAAGGUCGCAACGACAAAGAUUAAAAAUGACCCCAGAACAACAGAAAGCAGAAAAACGAAGACUUCAUUUAAGAAACGAAAGUCAAAAGCUACAAAGAAUGAAAUUACCCCCGCCAUCUAAAUAUGUUGCUCGAAAUCCGGAUAACCGGCCUGACGAACACUAUUUGGGAACAAAAAGUUUUAAAUGCGUACAUUGUGGAGCUUUACAUUUCAAUGGAGAAAAGACAUUUAAAGGACAUGUUUCUCAUUGUUGUGAGAACGGAAGUGUAACAUUACGACAACUGAAUGAUUAUCCUUUGGAACUACGGGAAUUAGCUACCCAGAGCACCGAAAACGGCAAAAAUUUUAUGAGAAACGUACGGAACUUUAAUAGCGCCUUCGGAUUUGCAUCAUUUGGGCAUCAACCAGUUAAACUUCGUGGUGGUCCUCCAACGUUUGUCAUCCAUGGUCAAGUCUACCAUCGCACAACAACAUCCAUUAAACCCAGUGACAACUUCGACAACAAAGAAACAGAACCAUCCUAUGCUCAACUUUACUUUUUGGAUCCCGAAUAUGCAAAUAACAUGCGGUCUCAGAACACACACAACGAGGGAUGCAGAAAAGAAGUUUUUGAUAUUAUUGAAAAAGUCCUGCGACGUAAUCCAUUUGCCGAAGCCUUUAAAAUGAUGAAAGAUCUCAUGGAUAUAAAUCAAAAUACAAUUGAAAUGUGGAUUAUUAAGGAUAGACAACAUGACCCUCGCCGAUACAAUUUGCCUGUAGCAAACGAAGUUGCUGCAGUGUUUGUUUCUAAAGAUGGGGAACCUGGAUUUAAACGAGAUAUGGCUGUUUAUGAUAAGGGAACUGGACAGUUGCAAAAUAUCGAUAUAUUUAGUCCAAAUUGUGAUCCUAUGACCUAUCCAAUUAUGUUUCCGUUUGGCGAUGCAGGAUGGCAGCCUGGAAUUAAGAAAGCUGACGAGACAAGAAAGGUUGUAAAUAUCUCCAUGCUGGAAUUUUAUUCCUACCGGAUGCAAGAACGAGAGUCUUUUAACCCAAUCCUUCAUUUAGGCAAACUGACGCAAAUGUAUAUUGUGGAUGCAUUUUUGAAAGUCGAAGGUGGACGGUUAGUUUGGAAUAAAACAAAUCAAAAGAAAUUGCGAGUUGACAUGUACAGCGGCCUUAUGGAUUACGUACACAACCAGGCGGAAAUAAAGGAUUUAAAGCCAGGACGAAUUGUUAUUUUGCCAUCCAGUUUUACAGGAAGUAAACGCGCUCUAACUCAGAAUUAUCAGGACGCAAUGGUCAUAGUUGGGAAAUACGGAAAGCCAGACUUAUUUAUUACUUUCACGUGCAAUCCCACAUGGAAGGAAAUCCGCGACGAAUUAAAACACAAAGAAACAGCAAUUGAUAGACCGGAUUUGGUUGGGACCGUUUUUCAUUUGAAGCUAAAGGAAUUUAUUAACGAUUUGGUGUCUAACAAGGGAGGAGUUUUUGGAAAAGUAAAAGCGUUUAUUUACACAAUUGAAUUCCAAAAAAGAGGUUUGCCCCAUUGCCACAUGUUAGUUAUUCUUGACGAUGAAGACAAAUUUCGCGAAGCCGCUGAUGUUGAUAAUGCAGUUUCUGCUGAGAUUCCGGAUCCUGUUGCUGACCCAGUUCUAUUUCAAAUAAUAACGUCUUGCAUGAUGCAUGGCCCGUGCGGUGAACUUAAAAAAGAUGCCCCUUGCAUGGAAGAGAACAAAGGGCAUAUUUCCUGCAUUAAAAAAUUUCCAAAAGAAUUCUGCGAUGAAACAAAUAUUAAUGUAAACGGCUAUCCAAUUUAUCGUCGCAGAAACUUGGACCGUACUGUGGAAAUAAAAGGAGUAAAACUAGAUAAUCGGUGGGUAGUCCCGUACAAUCCAUACAUGUCGCGAAAGUACAAUGCUCACAUUAAUGUUGAAAUAUGCUCAUCAAUCCAGAGCAUAAAAUAUAUUUUUAAAUAUAUUUACAAAGGCCAUGAUGCCGCCAUUGUUCAAAUGAAUGAAGCAACGGGCUCUGGAACUUAUCAUUGGGAUGAGGUCAAGAUUUAUUUAGACACGCGUUAUAUAGCAGCGCCGGAAGCUAUGUGGAGGUUAAAAAAAUACGAAAUGUCCGGAAGGUCCCACUCUGUUGAGCGAUUACCUGUUCACCUCCCGCUUGAGCAAAUGGUAUAUUUUGAAGAGGGCGCUGAGCGUCGUGAUUUGGAAGCUGCUGCCAAAAAGGGGACCAAAUUAACGCGAUGGUUCCAGUUAAAUGCAAACGACGUAAAUGCACGGAAGUACUUAUACUGUGAUAUACCCUACCACUAUGUUUGGAGAUCCAACCAUUGGCAGCCCCGGAAACUAGGUGGAGAUAAAGUAGUUGCCAGGAUGUACUUUGUAAAUUUAAAGGAUAUGGAAAAAUACUGCCUUCGGCUUUUGUUGCUUCAUGUUCGAGGCGCCACAUCCUAUGAAGAUUUACGAACUGUGAACGGAAAACUUCACGAUACAUAUCAGGAAGCUGCUAAAGCUAUUAACCUUUUAGACGAUGAUGAAGAGUGGGACAAAGCCAUGGACGAAGCUGAACUUUUUCGAAUGCCACGAGAAUUGCGUCUACUUUUUGCGACAAUAUUAAUCCAGGUUCAUCCGAGCACCUCUUCGGAAUUGUACUUAAAAUACAAGACGUCGUUAAUGGAGGAUUACCUACAGAACCACAGUGAGUAUAUGGCAGAGCAACAGGCGCUGAGAGAUAUUCAAGAGCAUUUGAUGCAAUUUGGAAAAUCGUGCAAAGACUAUGGACUUCCAGUUCCAAAAGACGGCUAUCACAUUUUGGAAGAAGUUGACGCUGUACACGAGCAACAAGAAGCUGAUCGAUUGGUUACAAUGAUGAACGACAAUGCAGAGCAAUUGCUUGCUUACAAAACUAUCAUGGAUUCUGUAAACGGCAUCUCAGAAAACAAAUGCUUUUAUCUAUCUGGAGCAGGAGGAUGUGGAAAAACGUUUGUAUAUAAAGCAUUAACAUCAACAAUCCUUGGAAAUGGAGGAACGGUCAAAUCUGUAGCUCCAACAGGUUUAGCUGCAACGUUGCUCAAAGGUGGAAAAACCGUCCAUUCUGGCUUUGGCAUCCCCAUCAAUCUUGAUGAAACAACUACAUCGCGUUUUAAACAAGGCACAAACUCAUGGAGGGAACUCAAAAAUACAAAGCUAAUUAUAUGGGACGAAAUAUCAAUGUGUCAUGCUCAUCUUUUGAACGCUGUUGAUAGAAGCCUACGAUUUCUGAUGAACUGCGAUGAUCCGUUUGGCGGAAUUGUUAUAGUGGUCGGGGGGGAUUUUCGCCAACAGGCACCUGUUGUUCCGCAUGGAACUCGGGUCCAGAUUGUGGAAGCAUGCGUGAAAAGCAGCCCGGUUUGGAAACAUUUCAAGGAGCUUAAACUGUUACAAAAUAUGCGACUAAACCAAGGCAAUGCAGUAUUUGGAGAAUGGCUCUUAUCAGUUGGAGGUGGAGUUGAUGCUGCAGCAAAACACUGUGAUUUUGUUCAGCUAAGCAGUGAUAUAAUUACUGACGAUAUUGUCAAAUCUGUUUACGGAGAAAAUAUCAAUACGUUGUCCUCAGAUCGUCUUGCGUCAAUGGCUAUUCUAUGCCCAAAAAAUGCGGACACGCUAUUAAUUAACGAAAAAGUUUUGGCCAUGUUGAAUGGCGAGCAAAAAUCAUAUUACAGCAUUGAUAAGGUCGCCGAAUGCGAAAGUGAGGAGGAGGAGGCUCAGUAUCCGGUUGAAUUUUUGCACUCACUGACACCUAUGGGAUUUCCGCCACACUGCUUGAAUCUUAAGCAAGGAUGUUGCGUCACAUUGUUACGAAAUUUAAAUCCAAAGCAUGGCCUUUGUAACGGGACGAGACUGAUUGUGGAAUCACUUGGAAAUAAUAUUAUAGAGUGCAGCAUAUUUUCUGGACAUCGUAAAGGACAGAAAGUUCUAAUUCCGCGAAUACUAAUUGACUCAUCAAACACGGACCUUCCAUUUAAAUUUAGUAGAAAGCAGUUUCCUCUUCGUCUUGCUUACUCGAUUACUAUAACAAAAUCGCAAGGGCAAACGUUUGAAAGGAUUGGUGUGUACCUUCCUCAACCUGUUUUUACACACGGACAAUUGUACACAGCAUUUUCGCGUGUCAAAAGUCGGGAUGGCCUAUUUGUGCAAAUUGUUGACGGGAAUAGCCAAGGAAAAAUUUACGAAGAAGACGACGCCGUUUAUACAUAUAACUGUAUUUACCGAGAAAUUCUUUAAUGCCUACAUAUAUACGUUUGCGUACCCAGUAAUGUAAAACUUGGAUGGCAAAUGUGCUGUCAUUGUUUAAAAAGUAUUUAAACAAUGGUGCUGUUUUUCUUUCAUGGUUAAUUCUACGUAAUAUUUUUACUCGAUCUGAGUGAGUCGUUGUCUGUAAAAUGCUUAGUCCGCGGUUUAGUUUUACUUUUAAAAGAGUCGUGAAUACAUUAAUUUCAGGUGCAUUUUAAGUUCAUUUCACAUUUGUGUUACGUGAGUGAAGGAUACAGGACAAGUUUAACUUUGAAAUCGAAGUUUUAAUUUAAGUUAGUCAGUGAUAAUCAAUACGUUCCUACUUUUUUGUGAUACUGAUUAAUUUUAGAAAAGUCAAAAAAUGGCGCAACCAAGUGGUACUCAAGAAAGACGGUCAGGGGGAUUUUCUGCGGCGCACUCGCAUAAUUUGCCAGUACUGACGGACAGAUUCGAUCGAUUUUGUACUAAUUGUAACGCGGUUAUUGAUUGUUUCGCGUUGGAAAAGUACCCCAACCAAAAAUGUCGUGUUUGUCAAAUAGAAAUAGAAUUCCUUGAUAAAUCCGAUGGAUUGUAUCGUAGAUGUGUACGCUGUUCUGUAUUUUUGAGGUGUAAGUUAAUAUCCGAGUUGGUAAAAUUUAAACACUUAAAUGUGAAUUUACUAUUUUAUAUAUAUUUGUGUGUGCCUCUGUGAUUUUUACAGGUACUGCUAAGUUCUGUUACCUAUGUGGCCGUCCAAACCAACAUUUUGAUCCAGAGAAACCAGCGCGAUUGGAUACUGCGUUAAAAUCAAAAUUACGAGCUGAAAUCCUCAAUGAAAUUGAAAUUGAGAAGCUUUCACAGUCCUGUGUAAAUGAUGGGGAAUUCGAUGGAAAUAAUUUUGAAAACCCUGAAAAUCCAAAUUCUGAGCCUUCAACUCAAACGGAAACUGAUGCCGCUAAAAAUUAGAGUUUAACUAGCUUCAAAUUUUUAAAUAAACUGAGUUUUAAAAUUAUAAAUUUAUAAUAAAUUAAUUUCGAUUACCUACCUGUUAUUUAAAAUUGAGUUUCCAAGGAAGCUUAACAUAUGAUUCAUUGCAACUUCUCUGCACGCUCAACUUUGACGUAAGUAAAAAUCACUCAUCACUGUAAUAAACUUAAUUUGAUUCAAGAGUCGCAUUUUAACAACACCAAAAGAGUGAUACUUGAAAAGCUCUGAUUUGCCGCUUUCUGAGUUUUCGAUGGUAGUGUAUAGUUGUGAAUGCACUUUCAAGUAGAUGAUGAAUUUGUUUCAAUUGUAUUGAGUGGGCGAUGAACUACAUAUUAUAAUGCUAGCUAUUAACAAAGUUUUAAUUUUAACAUGCAAAUAUAGGACUGCAAGGCGUCAGCUUGCAUAAACA